AUGUCUUCUUUCAUGCUACGCGAUGUUCGUAUAUUCACUGGCGAGUCCACCAUCGAUCAAGGUUAUAUUUUAGUCGAAGAUGGCAAGAUCAAAUCAGUAGGCCCAACGUCCAGCAUUCCGCAAUUGGAGACCUCUGUCGACGUAUACUCCAAGCCCAACCACACACUUCUACCCGGACUCAUUGACUGCCAUAUCCACGCGGACAGAGGCGAUCCCGAGGCACUUCCACAAGCUCUUCGGUUCGGCGUGACAACGGUCGUUGAUAUGCACAACGAGUUGCCCAAUGUGCUCAAACUGAAAAAGCAAACCAAUGAGCCAGACACCGCCGCCUACAAAACGGCCGGCCAAGCAGCGACUAUUGAGAAUGGAUGGCCUAUUCCUGUCAUUACGGCUCAUGACAAGAGCCCCGAAACGCUCGCUGAAAUAGCAAAAUGGCCAAAGCUCACCGACAGGAAGAGUGUAGUGGAGUAUCUAGACUGGACCACCCGCGAAAUGGCGCCCGACUUCAUCAAACUCAUGCACGAAUCCGGCACAGCAAUGGGCCAGCAAUUCUCACAGCCCACCCCAGAACUACAGCGCAUAAUCGUGGAAGAGUCCCAAAAACGCAACUACCUCACCGUCGCCCACGCCCUCUCCCUGCAAGACACCCUCGACGUCCUCCACGCCGGCGUCAACGGCCUGACACACACCUUCUGCGACCAGCCCCCCACCCCCGAACUCAUCGCCGCCUACAAGAAAAACAACGCCUGGUGCAACCCCACCCUCGCCGCCAUCGCCAGCCUCACCACCGAGGGCGCAGCCCUGCAGCACAAAUUCGCCCACGACCCCCGCGUCCAGCACCUCUUCAGCGAAGACAAGCGCAGCAACAUGUGCGCCUGCAUGGCGUUCGCGGCGCAGCACGGGAAAAUCGCACAUGCGUAUGCGUCGGUGCGCGCGCUGCGCGAUGCUGGUGUCGACAUCCUGUGUGGCUCGGAUGCGGCGGGGCCGGCGCGGGGGACCGCGUUCGGGUUGAGUAUGCACCACGAGCUGAGCGUGUUUGUGAGCGAGAUUGGGAUGACGCCUGCGGAGGCAUUGCGGUCGGCGACGAGUUUGACGGCGGAGCGAUUUGGGUUUGGGGAUCGGGGGAGGUUGGAGGGGGGACGGUGGGCGGAUUUGUUGCUUGUGGAGGGGGAUCCGUUGGUGGAUAUUGGUGAUACGUUGAAUAUCAGGGGGGUGUGGAGGGAGGGGAGAUUGUGUAGUGUCUAUAAGGAUGUGGUGGUUCAGUGA